GUACGUUGAAGGCGCAAUGCUUAGCUGGCUAUGUUCUAGUGAAAAGUAAUGAUGGACUGAAAUGCGGAUACAAAGCUGCUGCAUAAAGCAGGUUCCAGCGUUGCUCUCACAGCCUUUCCCCAGUGAGGAUGUUCCCCAGCCUGGCUCAUAGACCAUGGCAAAUCUUUUGCAGGGUGUACCUGCAACAACGUGCCCCCUUAUCACAGCGGCCCACCAGGUUGUUACGACCAUGUUAUGGAUGGCAAAGUGGGGGAGGAAUACACAAUCUGUGGUUUAGCCUGCCUGACUCCAGGGUGGCAUCAUUAGCGUGUGGACAGGUCCAGUACUACUCUACCACUGGCAGUGGGAAAGAUGAGCCUCCAGUAGAGGCCGAUGGCACAAAGCCUACAGACAAAGUGGCUGCUGCCCAGCCCUCACCGGAAGCUUCUGAUUCCAAACCCCAAGGUCUGACAAAAGCAGAGACUAUUCAAGUGAAAGUACGGGCUGUCCUGAAGAAGAGGGAAUAUGGUACCAAGUACACUCAGAAUAACUUCAUUACUGCAGUCAGAGCUAUGAAUGAAUUCUGCCUCAAACCCAGUGACCUGGAGCAGCUUAGGAAAAUUCGCCGGCGCAGCCCCCAUGAUGACACAGAGGCUUUCACUGUUUUCCUCCGCUCAGACGUGGAGGCCAAGGCUCUGGAUGUGUGGGGGAGUCAAGAAGCGCUGGCUCGAGAGCGAAAACUCAGGAAGGAGGUGGAGAGAGAAUACCAAGAGAAUAUAUUCCGGAAUCAGCAGUUGCUGAAAGAAUACAAAGACUUUUGGGGUAACACAAAGCCUCGGUCAGGCAAAAGGACAACAUUUCUGCUAGGGCCAGGAAAGGUGGUGAUGGUAGCUAUAUGCAUAAACGGACUGAAUUUCUUCUUCAAGCUCUUAGCUUGGGUUUACACUGGAUCUGCUAGUAUGUUCUCAGAGGCCAUCCACUCUCUUGCUGACACCUGCAACCAGGCUCUUCUUGCUCUAGGCAUCAGUCAGUCUGUACGGAAUCCUGAUGCCGUUCACCCGUACGGUUUCACUAAUAUGCGUUACAUCGCCUCCCUCAUCAGUGGAGUGGGCAUCUUCAUGAUGGGUGCUGGCCUGUCUUGGUAUCAUGGCAUUAUGGGAUUGCUGCAUCCUCAGCCAAUCGAAUCUCUUCUCUGGGCUUACUGUAUCCUGGCAGGAUCUCUAGUGUCUGAAGGAGCCACACUGCUCGUGGCCAUUAAUGAAAUUAAAAAGAGUGCACACCAGCAGGGAAUCUCCUUCUAUGAGUAUGUCAUGCAGAGUCGUGAUCCCAGCACUAACGUGGUCCUCCUGGAGGACGCUGCUGCUGUACUGGGUGUUGUGUUGGCUGCUGGGUGUAUGGGGCUCACUUCUCUCACAGGUAACCCAUAUUAUGACAGUUUGGGUUCUCUGGGCGUGGGCACUUUGUUGGGCACGGUUUCUGCCUUCCUCAUCUACACAAACACAGAGGCUCUGCUGGGUCGAUCCAUCCAGGCCGAGCACGUACAGAAACUCACCGAGUUCCUGGAAAGUGACCCUGCCGUCAGGGCCAUCCACGAUGUGAAGGCCACAGACAUGGGACUGAGUAAAGUGCGCUUCAAAGCUGAGGUGGACUUUGACGGGAGAGUGGUCACUCGUUCAUACCUGGAGAAACAGGACAUAGAACAGAUCCUCAAUGACAUUCAGCAGGUGAAGACCCCAGAGGAGCUGGAGAACUUUAUGCUGAAACAUGGUGAGAACAUCAUAGACACCCUGGGAGCUGAGGUGGACCGCUUGGAGAAAGAGCUUAAGCAACGUAAUCCAGAGGUACGGCAUGUGGAUCUGGAGAUCCUAUAACGCGGUGAAGAACAGGAGCAAAGUCAUUUUAACAGCGGCAAACAGGAGGGAAGUAGAGGGAAAACAAGCCAAGCCUCGUUUCGGUCUGUUCUCUCCAAAACCAACUCAUCUGAUGAAGUCUUACUUUUCAACAGUCCCUCAGCAUUUGAGCUCUAGGUUAUUGCUAGUUUCUUUUUCUUUUUUUUUUUUUUUUUUUUUUUUGGUUAGUCUUGAAAACUACCUUUCCCGCAAUCAGUGUUACAAAGGUCAGAAGAACACCAGUCAGAUUUGAUUCAGGAAUUCUGCUGAAACCGCAGUCUGUCUAUCCAGAGCUCUUGCAUGUCUGAACUGAUGGUGCUUUGCACCUUGUCAUCACCAUUCAGCCCCAUCAGUGAACCAUCAACGCUGAUUCAAUCUUUGGCUUUUGAUUAGCUGACACAAUGCAUGAUGGGUGAUUUUAAAACGAUGUCCAAUAGGCUGCUCUGUUGAAAGGACCAGUGUCAUUUAAAGGUUACCAGUUAAACAUUCUUCAGUGAAAACACUCUUAUUCCUCAAGCACUCACGUUAUAAUACAACAUACAAGGAUUCAUGACAGUACAAAACUGUGACGUUUGAAGGCAACUUGCUUUCCAAAAGCACUCAUUUAAAAGUAUAUGAGAAAUUAUAAAUGUUCCUUCUUACGGUGGAAAUAAGUGAUGUAAAGAUUUGAUGGUGUGUUCCACACGCACCAGUUUAUAGAAUGAAGUAAAUUAAUAGGUUCAUUAGUGAUGAUAAUUAGGGUUUAUAACAAUGAGGAUGUCAUGUGAUAAUAAUAGUGUAUUUCAGUAAUGACAGUACAUUUCUGAAUGCUGACAGGUGUAAAAUUUGAUGAGUAUGUUGACCAGAAAAAAAAAAUGAUGUUAACCGUUCAUCUGAAGCACUUAUAGAAAAUCAAAGCCAUAUUUGAAACCUUCAACAAAAAAUCGAUCGCAUUCCUCUCUUUCCAAAAUGGCUUUCCUCCCAAUUCUUCCCAAUUCAGUUGGCAAAAUUAGCAUUUGGAAAUUGAUAAAAUGCCAAAGAUUGCAUUUACUUACCCCUGCUAGUUCAAUAAAUAUGAAGCCAGAUGUACAAUUUCCCACAAUCCAUUUUACACUGUUGUACAACAGUGUAUAAAACUUUUCAUUAAGCUGAAUGGUGAGGAUUUCACCACUUCAGGCUCCUCCACUAAUUAUACUAAUACAGUACUUGACAUGCUGAUAUGAAGAUGCCAUAGGAUGUAAUUGAAACUGUUCAAGUGUUGGCUAUUGAGGCAAGUCCUGAAUAGACAGCGAGAUUGUAUAUGACCACCUGAAUCCAAAGACGGAGCAAAUGUCCCUCGCACCAUUGUAAAUAACCAUAGAAUUCAUGGGAGAGACUCAAUGGCAGAUUCUCAGUUGGCUUAGAUGUAAAAAUGUAGAUUAACACCAAACAGGUAUAAAUCUGUAAACGCAGUUAAAACAUCCCAAAGCAUACUGUGCUUUUCCCUGGUCAUUAAUGAUCUGUGGUGUAGACAUGCUCAGACAACUCAUAGUUGAUUGUGAUGUCUUGUGUUGAAGUCCAACAGACUAUCCCAGUAUCAUCUGUUAGGAAGGAUCUGGUAUACAGUUAAUUGUAGUCCUGACUGGACUUUAAACCAUAGCUUAAUUACCGUAUGUGUGCACCAAUGGUCAGACAAACACUAUAUGUCACAUGAUCCUCCAUAAACAAUGCUGGUUGGGUGGGUAUCUGCAAGCUUAGCUGGAGAGUGGAGUCUGCUGUCUGAUGGGUGAGCGUUGUUUCUUUUUGAGAGGGGAUAUUAUAGGCUAUAUAUAUUUUUAAAAUAUGUUUAUUGACGAUGUAUGAUUGCUCUUUGGUUAGUAAGGUCUUUG